AAGUGUUUUUUUUUGUUUCUAUAAUUUUCUUUGAUUAUUCAAGAUGUCUCGUGGGAAUUGCAAGGUUUGCGACUCGCCAAACGCGACAAAUUUUCAUUUUGGAGCACAUUCCUGUAAGGCCUGUGCAGCUUUCUUCCGUCGAACUGUAAAAACUGGCCAAAUUUACUCAUGUCCCGGUGAGAAAACCUGCGAAAUCAACCACGUGUUCCGACAAAAUUGUAGACAAUGUAGGCUGGCAAAGUGCUUGAAAGCUGGGAUGCAGGAAGAAUUAGUACAAGGGCACAAAAUGAACGGAGAAAAUAAGCGGUCCAGCCCAGUGGAUGUUAUAGCUUCUACCUCUGAUUACUACGAUCCUCUCCAAUUCCCAAUUCAAUCAACUUCACAGUCAAGCGAAUCAUAUUAUCCUCCCGCAAAAUCGAUGAAAAUUGAUGAUGAUCUAAUGGAAAUCGAAGAGCUUCAGCAUUUUAUCAAAAUUCCCAAUGAGCCGUCACUAGCUGUAUCUCCACCUAUAGAUGUUAUGGAGGAGGAAGAUCGACUCUACAAGCUUGCUACACUUUAUAUAGAGCAAUUCGUGAAUCUGAAUAUGAGAAGAAGACUUACAUAUGCGAAUGUAUCGCUUUCUGCGAUGUUUGAUAAUCCUUGUGUUUGCCCAUUUGACCUCUCCGACAUGAAACCGCUCAGCUACGAUACCUAUCGAUACAAAAAUCGCAAUGAUUAUACCAUGAUUUUGGACUACGUGAAUCGGUUCCCCGAGUUCCAUCUGCUGAAUAAAUCCGAGAAAACUGUGCUAUUCCAAACUACGGCUGCAGUUGACGCACUUGCGGAUCCAGCUUAUUAUAGUCAGGUAAUCUACCCGGAUGAGCCAGUUUUUGUGACGCGAGAAGCCAAAUAUCUGAAAAUGGAUCCUAUGCCAUCUACGGAACUUGAAGUGGUGCCCCAAGAUUGUAAUUUAGAAGAUAUUACUAUUUAUAAAAAUGUCGUGCUAAUGAUUCGGCGGCAAUGGAAGAAUGUUAACGAGCCAUUGAGAAAGCUGAAAUUAUCCCUCGCAGAGUUUUCAUUGUUUAAAGCAUUAGCGAUUUGGCAUUAUAAUUACUACAAACUCCAAAACACGGGUCGUCAAAUCUCGGCUCGCCAACGCGAUGACAUUUUCCGAACACUUCUCCUCAUAUGCGAAGAUGAAGGAUAUGAUGAUCCGAUUCUCAGAGUAUCUGAAAUCGUUCUGGCCGUAGGAAUUGUGAUGUCAGAGGUUCAUGAGCUCGUGACUACGAUGUUUGAGAUUACGGUUUUCGCAAACGUGGAUGAUCCGAUUUUGAAAGAUAUGCUCAAGUUUCAGUAUUAAAUUACGAGUUUUUUGUAAUGAUGCACAUAUAUGAAAUUAUUCAGUUUAGAAAAGUUUAAUUUUAAUUUUUACGAAUCGUGGAUUUCGGCUCCAGGAUAAUG